GAAUUUUUAUUUCCAAGGAGAAGAGUUUUGUCCCAUAGUCAGCAGGCCAUUGGUUUAGUAACUUUCAGUCAGCUUGAUUUCUGUGGAAAUGAAGACUAUGCAUUCGACACUUUUCCUGUUACUUUUCCUGCCUUUGACAGAACCAGCACCACAAGCUCAGCAGGACGCACCCUCUACCUCUGAGUAUGGGACAGAUCAUUUUGAAGAAAAUAUAUUUAGUCAAGAUUAUGGAGAUAAAUACCUGGAUGAAAAAAGAAUUAAGAAUGAUGAAAUGCCCACGUGCCUGCUGUGUGUUUGUUUAAGUGGCUCCGUGUACUGUGAGGAAGUUGACAUUGAUGCAGUACCGCCCUUGCCAAAGGAAUCUGCUUAUCUUUAUGCACGAUUCAACAAAAUUAAAAAGCUGACUGCCAAAGAUUUUGCUGACAUGCCUAACCUAAGAAGACUUGAUUUUACGGGUAAUUUGAUAGAAGAGAUAGAAGAUGAUACUUUUUCAAAACUUUCUCUGUUAGAAGAACUUUCACUUGCUGAAAAUCAGCUACUGAGACUUCCAGUUCUUCCUUCAAAGCUUAUUUUAUUUAAUGCAAAAUACAACAAAAUCAAGAGUAAAGGAAUCAAAGCAAAUACAUUCAAAAAACUGAGUAACCUCGCCAUCCUCUACUUGGACCAUAAUGAACUGGAAGCUGUACCUCCUAAUUUACCAGAAAGUCUACGAAUAAUUCAUCUUCAGUUUAACAACAUAACUUCAAUUACAGACGACACCUUCUGCAAGGCUAAUGACACCCGUUAUAUUCGGGAACGUAUUGAAGAGAUUCGCCUAGAGGGUAAUCCAAUAGCCCUUGGAAAACAUCCCAACAGUUUUACUUGCUUGAAAAGAUUACCUAUAGGGUCAUACUUUUAACCACUAUCAAGGCAAUGUGUAAGCUAAAGUAUGUAUGCUUAUAAUUUGUCUCAAUAAUGUCUAAAAGAACAUUAAAUACUGGUUUAUCAUUAACUUUUUAUCUUACUAUGAAAGAAUUUUAUGUCUUAAACAAGGAUGUUCAAAAUAAGAUUGAAUCUCUAAGUUCAAAAUAAUGUGAAAAUAUUUAAAACAUUGAAAAUUCUCCUGGUUUAUACUAGACAUCUAUUUUAAAUGGCCUAUUUUUGUAUAAACAAUUCAAGAUGCAUAUUCUUAUUACUAAGUAAGAGAAGUCCAAGAAAGUUCCAAUUGUUUAUCUUUGCUAGCCUUUAUCUUUUUUCUUUUUUCCAUAUAUCUAUUUUUAUUGUAAAAAUACUGUACAACAGAGUUACAGUUACAUGAGUAGGGUAAUGAGUAUAUUUCCUAUUAGGUUUUAUUAAGUAUCUUGAAAACAUUUAAAGCCUUAUAAAGCUAAAUAUUUCCAGUGAUCUUUCAUGAUUCAUAAUUAUUCAUAUGAGGUGGGAACCUUGUUUUCUUCUUAUAAAGAAAGCUAUCUUACUUUAUUUUCACUAGCUUAAAAAAUAGGUUACGUCUAUACAAAAUUUUCCAAAUAAAGUAGAAUUUUACUUUCUAAUAAAGAGCUAGAAGGUAUAUCCAAA